ACGUGAAGAAGAUACAAUUUCAUUGAUAAUCAAAUAACUGAAGCACAUUUUUUUGGUUUGAUGCAUGGUGAAUCAUUUUUUUCGUUUGUAUAAUUUAAUUCCAGUCAGAUGAUUAUUAGGACUUUAACAAGCAGCCAUCAAAGUGAAAUGUCGUACUUAACCGGCUUAACCUUAGUUUAUAUUGUAAUGUUGGCUCCUUUAUUGAUAUCAGCGGAUAUGCCAUCGGAAGACGUUGGAAAAACAUUGAAGAUAACAGAGAAAAUGUAUUCAAACAUUUUUGUGCGUAAACGCGAAGAACAAAAGCAAGCCGUUAGACGUCUUGUUUCAGCUGAAGAUUACUCGAAAAAAUAUGACCUACUGAAUAUCGCGCUGACUGAAAUUUUACGAAUAAUCGCACAGGAUGGAGCGAAACUUCAAGAAAAUGAUAUCUUCAAUGGAACAGACUUUCCAAAAGAAACACAAUUGAUAGAAGCAUUUUCUCGCUAUGUUGAGAACACUUGUUUUUUCGGAGAGUUGAUAUUACAUCUACCUGACAUGUCGUACAGAAUCCUAAAAGCCACUGUCGGAUGGCGAAGUCAAAUGAUAGAUGCACUGACUUAUACUCGAUCAUUCGUUAAUAUCCUAGACCAGAAAUCACUAGAAUUGUUGAGUUUACUAGAACAAGAAAUCGACGAAAGCAAACGAUCCAACGAUUACGUGAACCCGUAUAGGGAAAGCAAAAAGCAGCCUACAGCGAAUUCCAAGAAAAAAAAGUCAAAAGCGAAAAAAGGGCCACAACUAACCAGUAAUAUUCCUAAAACCGAGCUUUAAUAAUCUUAAGUGUUUCCAUUUAUUUGAUAGAUGCUAUAAAUAAUAGUUAAUUUUACAAA